CAUGUUGCCACAAUGAACAAGUGGGACCCCUAGCGACCGGAGCCCGUUACUGGUUUUCCCCACGGAUGAGAGGAUGAGGCCGGAGUCCGGAGAGAGGGUGAUGCUGUCUUGUCAUCCGUUUGUCACCGACGUUAGUGAAUGACAGCAACAUGAACAUGACGACAUUUUGAAACACUCGCCGUUGAGACUCGACUAUCUCCGCGCUGUGUUCGCGUCGGUGUAGCACGAUGAUGGCGUCCGUCUGCACAGAGGAAGACGUGCAGGAGUUCCUGAUGGAGAGAGGAGGGAGGGUCCGACAGAUGGAGCUGAUCGAUCAUUUCCUAGCAGAUCUCGGGGGAAAUGACCCGUCGAAGGAAGGGGUAGAUCGCGAGGUCCUCAAACGUGUUGUGGAGAGCGUGGGGUUCGUGAAGGUGGAGGACGGCGUGAAAUUUGUUUGUUUAAACGCUGACGGUCACCCAGAGUCGAUGAUGCGUGCGGACGUUGAGUGCAACGGGAAUAUCCACGAGCCAGUGGACAACAGUGUCAACGGCAACCACGAAAACAGAGAGCAAACAGGUGAAUCCAGCCCACCUGGUGCAAACCCGGAUAAUGACAGACAGUCGAAUGGCAACGGACAACCUGCAACCUCCUCCCAGAUAAAGAUGAAUGCUGCAACACCAACCUCCGGAGGCAGAGGAGAGGUGAAGCUGAGGGACAGGAGGAGGCGAGAGUCGGCCCCAAUUAUAUCUGGGAUUCCAGAUUUGGACCAGGCUCACCCUGGUUGGUUCCACAGUCAGCAAGUGCGAGCAGCACGAAGGGUUUCCAAGGGUUCCCAGCGGGCCAUGCUGACCAGCUGCCUGUCUGAAGACAGUGCCCUGGAAGGUUUUGGUCCAGUUGGAGAUAUCAACACGCCUAAAGGAAGUCGCAGGAACUUCAUAGAGCUGAUGAUGAGUAGUUCUCCUCAGGUUCGGAGGUCUCUGAUCGACCGCGGCUCACGCCUCCGAGACUCACUGAAGAGCGACGGCGAUUCGGUAUCAAUCGUCUCAUCAGCCACCGAUGAAGACUGUGCCUCAGUGACUCUGGACCCACUGGAGCACGAGUGGAUGCUGUGCGCCUCAGACGGCCUAUGGGAAAGCCUGCACUCCCUGUUAGCUGUCGAACCCAGCCUGGUGACCAAGAGAGACUUUGUGACCGGCUUCACUUGCCUCCACUGGGCGGCCAAGCAAGGCAAAGCCGAGCUGCUCUCCCAGCUGCUGGGCUUCGCCAAGGAGAACGCUAUACCGGUGAAUGUAAACGUGAGAUCAAGUGCUGGAUACACACCGCUACACCUGGCAGCCAUGCAUGGACACACACAGGUGGUUCGGGUAUUGCUGUCAGACUGGGAGGCAGACCUCGAGGCUCGAGACUACAGCGGAAGACGAGCCAUCCAGUAUCUUCCCCCGCCGCUGGCUGCUGACCUGCAGGACGAGGGACUGGUCACCUCACCGGGGACUGAGUCAGACAGCGAAAACACCAGUGGCGGCAGUGGUGGAAAAGGGCGUGCGUGGAGGUUUCCUCGGGUCCUGCCAGGCAGUCUGAACCCGCUGCGGCUGCUGAAUCCACCGGCUGAGGCGGCGGAGGAGGGAGCCGGGAAUGUGAAGAUGAAAGGAGAGGGAAUGCAGAGGAAGUCGUCUCUGAGCCGCUUAAACGCCAGGCUGCACAGGGGGCGCCACCGAGCUCAGAUCAUCCACAGCGCCUCAUUUCGGGACACGGGGGAAUUUGGGAGAGGAGAGGAGCUUCCCAGCAGUCCGCUUCGAACCAGACCCCUGUCCAAUCUGUUUGGGUGAAACACCUGUCUGAACCAGCAGUGCAUCAUUUUUCAAUCAGUCUGACAUUGUUUUGAUUCACAGGAUAAAGUUUA